CCUGCUGGGUGAUCCCAACUUCCGGUGAUACUGGAGAAGCGUCUCACGCUACUCUGACCAAGGCCUAUCGUUAUCCACCCGUAGGUAGUCGAACGGGGUUUUUGGUUAUAGUCAUGGAUUUAUGAUUUCGGACAGGUCACCUAAUUCACUUUUAUAAAGAAACUUAGAGACUUUACCUAAGAGACUACUUUGACAAAGCGCCACGUUGUUAGAGCUACAAGUUUAACCCCGCGACUGUCAGCUAGUUAGCUGGCUAAAGACUCAGCUAGGUACUCGCAAACCAAGCACCUCUAAAUUAGAUCCUGGUGUCUAUUUCAAGAUGUCAACUGCGGGGUUCAACUCUCAGAAUGGGACUGGGACGGGGCAGACUUACGCAAAUGGUCCAUCACAGAAUCCAGUUGCCCUUCAGCAGCUGCCAGGGGUCAGUUAUGGCAUGACGCACCAACCACCUUACAAUCCAAUGCAGGCCAAAGCUCCUGCACCCCUUGGUCCUGGACUCUACCCCACUGGGCCAUACCAAUCUGUUCCUCCUGUUAGCUCCUAUCAGCCAGGCCCACCACUCACUUCAUACCCUUCGCCUCCAGGUCAGGCUCACUUGUCCAGGCCUCCGAUGGGAGGUCUUCCAUCCCAUACUCCUCCUCAGUCUGCUAGCCCCAGUCCUGGCCCUAGGCUGCCCCCUGCUCAAGCUACUCCUCCUCCUCCUGCUGUGUCUACUGGUAGCUACUACCCAAACCCUCAACAGCCAAUGGCUCCAGCAUGGCAGUACAACACAGCUAGCCCACCAAUGGGGCCAGCCACUUCUAUGAGCACGCACCCCAAAGCCCCUGUGACAAAUCAUGUGAAUCCAGCUGCAAACUUAGCUACGUCUCUACCGUCGCCAUCAUCUGCUUACAGCUCUGCACCACCACCACAUAGCACCGCCCAACUCUCAGGCCCAGGAAUCCCACCCACUUCUAUGCAUGGAUACACUCAGCCAGGCAUUGUACCUCCACCAGUGAAUCCCCUGGCUCCCAACACAUACCAACCAAACAGACCUGCCUAUGGACCCCCACUUACAGGACCACCUCCAGCCAUGAAACCUACACCGCCUCCCCCUGCACACCCAAUGGCCAAUGCCACACCUCCACCACUCAAAGCAGAUGCUCAGUGUGGGGGUGCUGUCAACAAUGCUCUCUCUCCUUCUGAGCCCAACUGCCAAGAAGGGGAUAUUGAAUGUCCAGGAGCUGUAGCUGGCAAUGGCCCACAAGCAUCCAGCAAUUAUAAUCAUGUUGACAACAAAAUGGCUGGCUUGACUCAGCCUGGACCACCCGGUCGGCACUCGGGUCACUACCCUUCCCUUCCUCCUGGGUACCAGAACACCUCGGCUCCCCACACAUCACCCCCCAUGCACCCUGCGAUGCAAGCUGCCACGCAACCAUACACUCAAGCACCUCAGCCAUACCAACAGCUGCCUGGUGGCCCAGGGCCUGCCCAGCUGAGCCCAUCAUUGGCAGCAAUGAGCCUGCAGUCCAGCACCCCAGAAGCCCUGAGAGUGGUCAACCUGUUGCAAGAGAGGAACCUACUGCCACCAAGUCCAGUUCCAGCACCAACACCCUGCCUUCCCCAGGACCUGCAGAGGCUCAACUGCAGCCCAGAGGUUUUCCGUUGUACACUGUCCAGCAUCCCUCAGACCCAGUCUCUGCUUAGUAAAGCUAAAAUGCCGCUGGGUCUGCUGCUGCACCCCUUCAAAGACCUCUCGCAACUUCCUGUGGUGACAUCUAGCACCAUUGUCAGGUGUCGGUCCUGCAGAACCUACAUCAACCCUUUUGUGUCUUUCCUGGACCAGAGAAGGUGGAAGUGCAACUUGUGUUAUCGAGUUAACGAUGUUCCAGAGGAGUUUAUGUACAACCCAGUCAGCAGAUCAUAUGGAGAGCCACACAAAAGACCGGAGGUCCAGAACGCCACUAUUGAAUUCAUUGCUCCUUCAGAAUACAUGCUGAGACCACCACAGCCUGCUGUUUAUCUCUUUGUUCUGGAUGUGUCCCACAAUGCAGUAGAGACUGGGUAUCUGAAUGUCUUCUGUCAGUCCCUGCUGGACAACAUCAAUGCGCUUCCUGGAGACUCACGGACAAAAGUAGGCUUCAUUACUUUUGACAGCACCAUCCAUUUCUACAACCUCCAGGAGGGGCUUUCCCAGCCACAGAUGCUCAUCGUGUCUGACAUUGAAGAUAUCUUUUUACCGACACCAGACAGCCUUCUAGUAAACCUCAAUGAAUGCAAGGAGCUAGUGCAGGAUCUGCUGAAGAGCUUGCCGAAUUUAUUUCAGAAGACAAUGGAGACUCAGUCUGCUCUAGGAUCAGCUCUGCAGGCAGCCUUCAAAUUGUUGUCACCCACUGGAGGGCGCAUGUCUGUCUUUCAGACACAGCUGCCUAACCUCGGUGUGGGUGCACUCCAGUCCAGGGAGGACCCCAACCAGCGGGCAUCUGCCAAGGAAAUCCAGCACUUAUCGCCUGCAACAGACUUCUACAAGAAGCUGGCUCUGGACUGCUCUGGCCAGCAGGUGGCUGUUGAUCUUUUCAUGCUCAGUGCUCAGUACUGUGACCUGUCCUCACUUGGGUGCAUAUCCAGAUACUCGGCAGGAAGCAUUUAUUACUACCCCUCCUACCACCAGCAGCACAACCCAGGUCAGGUGGAGCGCUUCCAGAGGGAUCUGAAGAGAUAUCUGACAAGAAAAAUUGGCUUUGAGGCUGUUAUGAGGAUACGUUGCACCAAAGGUCUGUCCAUCCACACGUUCCACGGAAACUUCUUUGUGCGCUCCACAGACUUGUUGUCCCUCCCUAACGUCAAUCCAGACGCUGGCUUUGCAGUCCAAAUGUCCAUUGAGGAAAACCUAGAUGACAUGCAGGUUGUUUCUUUCCAGGCUGCUCUGCUGUACACCUCCAGCAAAGGAGAGAGGAGGAUCCGUGUGCACACUUUGUGUCUUCCUGUUGUCAAUUCUCUGUCGGAUAUCUUUGCUGGGGCUGAUGUUCAAGCAAUCACUGGGCUGUUGGCUUGUAUGGCUGUGGACCGCUCGGUGACCGCCAGUCUGAGUGACGCCAGAGAUGCGAUGACCAACGCUGCUAUUGACUCACUGACGUCUUUCCGGCAGUCGGUGUUGACCGUCCAGCAGCCAGGCCUGCUCGCUCCAGCCUGCCUCAGACUCUUCCCGCUCUACGUCCUCGCUCUGCUCAAACAGAAAGCGUUCAGGACAGGCACCAGUACCAGGCUGGAUGACCGAAUAUUUGCCAUGUACCAGUUGAAGUACCAGCCUCUGGCCUACACCAUGUUGAUGAUCCACCCUGCUCUCUACCGCGUCGAUGAUCUGACGGAUGAGGGGGCUCUGAACAUCAACGAUCGUACCAUCCCCCAGCCCAGAUUGCUGCAGCUGUCUGUGGAGAAGCUCGGCAGAGAGGGAGCUUUCGUCAUGGAUGCUGGAACGGUGAUGUAUCUUUGGAUCGGACGCAACUGCCACCCCAACUUCCUCACACAAGUUCUGGGAGUUCCAAGCUACGCUGCUGUGCCUGAUAACCUGUAUCUCCUCCCAGAACUGGACACUGCUGAGUCACAGAGAACCAGAGCUUUUGUUGGGUGGCUCAGGGAUCAGAGGCCGUUCUUCCCUUCCCUCCACAUUAUCAGGGAUGAGAGCCAGCUGAAACCCAACUUUAUGCAGAACAUGAUCGAGGACCGGACAGAGUCGGCCCUGUCGUACUACGAGUUCCUCCUCCACCUCCAACAGCAAAUCUCCAAAUAAUCUUCAGUGAGAUAGUUGAAACAAGGAGACGUUGGAGCAAGGACAUGCAUCAUGUGUAUGUGUGUGCGUAUAUAUGUAUAUGUGUGUGUGUGUGUGUGUGUGUGAAAGCAGUUAGAGGCAUACUCAAAGAUGCCUCCUGCUCCACCUCUGGAUGUGGUCCACCAUGAUCUCUGAGAAGAAGCCGAGCGACGGACGAUGCAAAGACGCAACAGAGACUUGAUUCUGUUGGAAUCUGGCACUUUUACUACCAGCUGAAGCAACGUGCUGGAGGAAAAUUCAAGCAAGAAGUCGAUGAUUAAUUAUGUCAGUGAUUGAAUGAAUCAGUGUUUAUUCUCAUAGAACAAUGCUGUUAAGCUGAGGUAUCAUUUGGAUACAGUGCAGGCAAACAGGUGUGUUAAGUGUUCUUUGUUUAAAAAGCACAGUCUUCAGUAAUAUAGUCAAACAUAUGUUUGUAUGCGAGUAUCACUGUUUAAGAUUAGUUUCUGAGGAAAGUUAGUGCUCUGAGACUGUUUUUGGUGUCACCUGGAGUAUUUGUGUCCACAACACCCGAGCUCUAACAACACUCUAAACAUUGUACCUGACUUAUAGAGCGUGUGCUUUUUAUUUGACAGUCAUUAUAAUCGUGUGUUGAACAAAUUCUUGAAGGCGGACAGCACCCGCUGUCUGCGCUGCCUGGAAUGUGUUUACUGGCAGUGGAAAGUUGUUUCAUGGGUCUGAUCUGUCCUUCAGAAACCGUCUGUCAUCUUUUCUCUCUGGACUUUCAGAACACCGCUGAUGACAUCGCUGUUCUCUAUUUUUUCGGAUUGUUUAAUUUAUGAGACUCCCAAUCUGAUUAAAUCCUAUAAUUGCCUUGUAUGGGAACUCACUUUUUAUUUUUAAACCUCAGUUUAAGAUACAGACUCUAUAUACAAAAUAUUUUAAUAUAAUAGGAUAUUGGAAAUUCUUUAACACAGACGUAACAAAGCCAUUGUGAUCUUUUAAUCCUGCUUAUUGAUACUUGUAUAUUGAAAAGACAACAUUAUAUAUAGGUGAAGAAAUGCUGAUGAUUUUAGUAUAAACAUGAAGUUGAAAUGACGCUAAGAAAAUAAAAUGUUUGGGACUUUUUAAACGUAGUUUGUGUGUUGGUGAGUGAACAGUGUUGAUUCUGUGAAGACAAACUCAUGGACCAAAUAUGCAGUUUUCUCUCCCGUUGAGUUUGAAUUAAGAUUUCUGAUUUGGGCUGAUUUCAUACGGUUUGUAAUCUAUGUAUUAUAUAGGAAAAAUGUAUUUAGGAAGAAAUAUGUUUUAGUCUUGCACAAAACCUGAUAAUAAAAAUAGUUUUGAUUUUUUUUUUUUUUUUUUUUUUGGAGUGCAGUUUGAGUAUGCAUGUACAUGACUUAAGUUAAUAAUCUCAAAUAUUAACUUAAGUCCUAAGAUUUAAAAAGCCUAGAAGCAACAUUGAUUUAAAUAACAGUGACUUGUAACUGCAUCUGAGAUCAAAAUAGUUAAUGGAUGA